AGUUUGCGAACUGAGCAGCUGCUGCAGGGCCCAUGGCGGACACCCAGUACAUCCUGCCCAAUGACAUCGGCGUGUUUAGCUUGGACUGCCGUGAGGCCUUCCGCCUGCUGUCGCCCACAGAGCGCAUCUAUGCCCACCACUUGUCACGGGCCGCCUGCCGCCUCUUCCGGGCCCAGGACCCUGACCAGCUGCGCCAGCACGCCCUGGCCGAGGGCCUUACCCAGGAGGAAUAUCAGGCGUUCCUGGUCUAUGCUGCCGGUGUCUACUCCAACAUGGGCAACUACAAGUCCUUCGGUGACACCAAGUUUGUCCCCAACUUGCCCAAGGAGAAGCUGGAGCGGGUGAUACUGGGGAGCGUGGCUGCACAGCAGCACCCCGAAGAAGUCAGGAGGCUCUGGCAGACCUGCGGGGAGCUCAUGUUCUCUCUGGAGCCACGGCUUCGACACCUGGGGCUGGGGAAGGAGGGAGUCACCACCUAUUUCUCUGGGGAUUGUACCAUGGAGGAUGCCAAACUGGCCCAGGACUUCCUGGAUGCUCAGAACCUUAGUGCCUACAACACGCGGCUCUUCAAGGAGGCCAGCCAGGACGGGAAGCCACGCUACGAGGUGCGGCUGGCUUCCGUGCUUGGCGCAGAGCCUGCUCCGGAGUCGGAAGUGACUUCCAAGCUGAAGAGCUACGAAUUCCAGGGGAGCUGUUUCCAGGUGACGCGGGGGGACUACGCGCCCAUCCUCCACAAAGUGGUGGAGCACCUGGAGAAAGCCAAGGCGUAUGCGGCCAACAGCCACCAGGAGCAGAUGCUGGCCCAGUAUGUGGACAGCUUCACCCAGGGCUCCAUCGAGGCUCACAAGAGGGGCUCCCGCUUCUGGAUCCAGGACAAAGGUCCCAUAGUGGAGAGUUACAUCGGGUUCAUCGAGAGCUACCGUGACCCCUUUGGUUCCCGCGGAGAGUUUGAAGGCUUCGUCGCCAUGGUGAACAAGGCCAUGAGCGCCAAGUUCGCGCGGCUGGUGGCGAGCGCGGAACAGCUGCUGAGGGAGCUUCCGUGGCCCCCAGCCUUCGAGAAGGACAAGUUCCUCACCCCCGACUUCACCUCCUUGGACGUCCUCACCUUUGCCGGCUCCGGCAUCCCCGCCGGCAUCAACAUCCCCAACUAUGAUGACCUGAGGCAGACAGAAGGCUUUAAGAAUGUGUCGCUGGGGAACGUGCUGGCUGUGGCCUAUGCCACGCAACGGGAGAAGCUGACCUUCCUGGAUGAGGAUGACAAGGACCUGUACGUCCGCUGGAAGGGGCCCUCGUUCGACGUGCAGGUGGGGCUGCAUGAGCUCCUGGGCCACGGCAGCGGCAAGCUCUUUGUGCAGGAUGAGAAGGGAGCAUUCAACUUCAACCAGGAGACUGUGAUCAACCCAGAGACGGGGGAGCAGAUCCAGAGCUGGUACCGGAGCGGGGAGACGUGGGACAGCAAGUUCAGCACCAUUGCCUCCAGCUACGAGGAGUGCCGGGCCGAGAGCGUGGGCCUCUAUCUCUGUCUCAACCCCCAAGUGCUGGACAUCUUUGGCUUCGAGGGGGCUGAUGCGGAAGACGUGGUCUACGUGAACUGGCUCAACAUGGUGCGGGCUGGGCUGCUGGCUCUGGAGUUCUACACCCCUGAGGCCUGCAACUGGAGACAGGCCCACAUGCAGGCCCGGUUUGUGAUCCUGAGGGUCUUGCUGGAGGCUGGUGAGGGGCUUGUUACCGUCACUCCUACCACAGGCUCCGAUGGGCGCCCAGAUGCCCGCGUCCGCCUGGACCGCAGCAAGAUCCGUUCCGUGGGCAAGCCUGCCCUGGAGCGGUUCCUACGGAGACUCCAGGUGCUGAAGUCCACAGGAGAUGUGGCUGGAGGGCGGGCCCUUUAUGAGGGGUACGCGGCUGUCACGGACACACCCCCCGAGUGCUUCCUCACCCUCAGGGACACGGUGCUGCUGCGCAAGGAAUCCCGGAAACUCAUCGUUCAGCCCAACACUCGCCUUGAAGGCUCUGAGGUGCAGCUCCUUGAGUACGAGGCCUCAGCUGCUGGCCUCAUCCGAUCCUUCUCCGAGCGCUUCCCCGAGGAUGGGCCCGAGUUGGAGGAGAUCCUCACGCAGCUGGCCAUGGCUGAUGCCCGAUUCUGGAGGAGCCCCAGUGAGGUCCCAGCUGGCCAGGCUUGAGGAGGAUUUGCGUGGCCCUUCCCCUGCUCCAUCAAACCACGGCUGCAGCAGCCCUCCUUUUGAGCGUGUAUUUUGAGGGGCUGGGGGAGGCGCAGGAGCUUGGACCUUGGUGCUACCUCGGCUGAGGGUGGUGACACUAAACCCUUCCAUUUGUCAGCAUUUGUCCCAGUUGACAAGAUGCUUCCCCUCUGUGACUGUGUUCGAUCUGUGCUGCCAGCCAGGGAGUGGGC